AUGCUGCCCAACACCGUGACUGCCCUCGUUCUCAGCUUCAGUCUGGUCGCCGCUGGCCCCAUCGUCAAGCGCUCUGUCCUGACUGACCUGACGACGAUUGGCAACGACCUGACCACGCUCCAGAAGGACAUCACCGGCUGGGAUGGCUCUGUCCUGUCCGCCAUCCCGCUUCUCGGCGAUGUGACAAACGUCGAGAAUGCCAUCAAGACGGCCAUAAACGACACCGACGCAUCGGCUCCUUUUGGUGCCAGCGACAGCACCAGCGUGACCAAUGAAGUCCUCACCCUGGAGCCGCAGAUUACCACUACGCUGAACGAUCUUGUUCAGAAGGAACCCCAAGUCGCAGCCAUCGGCUACACCAGCCAGGUCCAGUCCAGCCUGACCACGCUGAAGAAUCUGACCGACCAACUUACCAGCGCGCUCGAGUCCAAGGCUACUUCGUCGGACGCGAGCACCAUUGCCAAUGCCACGACUUCGAUUGAUGCGGCGUUUUCCAGUGCGAUUGCUGCGUUUUAA